AUGGCGAGAUUCACAAUCACAAUACUAUCCUUCCUUAUAAUCAUUCAAGCCCUAGAAGAGGACCGUAUCCUAGUCUAUGCUUAUGAAGGCGGAGAUGCUGGUCAUAAGAGUCUUGACUAUCUUGGAGAUAAAGAUACAUCGAUACUACAUCCUAAAGAAUCGUAUGACUUCACCAACAUUGCUGCACCGAGGAAACUAAGGUUCGGGAGAACAAUGAGAGCUACAGUGGCUAGAACCAAAAAGGAGCAAGUGAAGGUGACCAAUAAUGAUGAAUGGAUUUUGAAGAUUUCAGAAGAGCACAAGACGACCAAUAUAUUGGCAGAGCUUGACACCACAAAGGUUUGUUGUGAAAGCACCAUAUAA